UUAUUGUGGCUAGGUGUCUGUAUCUCCCGUCUAGUGUUUCCUGCUCCCUGAUCCCAUUAAAACCCUGAGUUUUGCCCCGACUUUGACCGGUUUGCCUGUUCCUUGCUCGCCUACCCUCACGAUCGCCGCUUCGCACGCCCAGGAUCGUGACACAUGCAUCUUAAAUAUUACAUAUGGUAUGCAAAAUAGUUAAAUAUGCAAUAAAAGUGCUGAUUACUUUUGUUUUCAUGAAGUAGUGGAUAUAUUGUUUCUUUUUGGGAUUAUCUUUUGGCUGUAUAUAAGGCUGCAUUUAUUAAAGUUUGGUAUAAUGUUUGUUUGCUUUGAAUAUAUCUUAGAUUGUCUCACAUAAUUUAAUGGCAUUUAAAAACAUGUGCAGUGAAAAUAGUAACAAGUGGGUGUAAUUUUAAAAUUUGUAUUGUUUUGCAAGAGGUUGCAAGACAUCUGAUUCCUGAUAUUUCAAGAAUAUUGUGAAAUGCCUUUUGAUUUAAAAAGGCUAUACAUGCCAUUGUUAUUUACUAUGCUUGUAUUAGUGUGUCAAUGCAUGUUCUGAUCACCCAUGCUCUUUGCCAUCCUUCCCACAUGUCUAGGUGGCGCCCGGGUCGGGCACCAUCUGAGCUGGAGUCCUGCUUCAGUCCCGUUGAAGGGUGAUUUUGUGGAUGGAUGUUGUAAAUUUCGAGAAUAUAGUCGUAAUUUGCGAGAAUAAAGUCAUAAUAAUUUAUAUGACAUAUAAAGAUAUUUAAAAAAUAAAAAUAUGAUUAGAGUCAGAAAAAUAUACUAUAGUUGGAAUGACCCAAAGUAUAUGUGAUAUGCAUUAUUUUAUAAAAGUGUUUUUUAUUUUAAAAAGCUGUUCUAGAUGGAAUUCCACCUUGUGACUCUUUACAGCAUUAGUUGAUAGAAGAUAGAUGGUUUGGUCUCCAAGAAGUAGGGAAUUUCAAACCGGAAACAACCGUUGCUUAGGAACUGUCGUUGGGAGCAUUGUAGAGUAGCAGAACUCCUUUACUUGUUACCCUGGAGACACGAAAACUAAUCCUCUAGAAGUAAAAAAAAAAAAAAAAACAAGAAGAACGAAAUAGCAGAAGAAUGACUCAAUUUUGAAGAUUGUUUUCGAACAGUGUAUGACGAUCAUCUGACAGCGAUGAUGCCGGUAACGGAUCUUAAAACGGGAGCUACGCGUAAGAUGGAGAAGUUAAGCGAUAUCGAGGUGGUGGAAAAAGCGCUGUCUGCACAGAGAAAGGAAUUUAAGAAGAGGAUGAAGAGCUUGUGCACAGAGCGUAGAAAUAUUGACAACGAUGAACAACUGAAGGAAUCCCUCUUCAAAUUCAACAAGUUUCUCAAAGAGAAUAACUUGAAGUUUGCUCGGGCUGUGAAGAAGGCUUAUGAAGAGAAAGAACUGACAAAGCAGAAGGAGGCUGAGAUUGAGCACUUGGAACGGGACAGCAUCGACUUGCAGAGGAAGAAAGAGCACCUCCUUGUUAAAGUACAAAGAAGUACCAUCUAUAAGGACUUUCUGGAUCAAGUCACCAAAAAGUCCAAAAAGUUUGGAGAUAUUUGGGAACUGAUUGGCCGCUUUGAUACUCUGCUGGCCAAUCGAGAGCAGCUGCUGCUGAAAGAGAGUGAUGGGCAGGAACUUGCAGAGACCCAGCGCCGGCAGCAUCGCUACUUCAUAGAAGAACGGAGUAAUCAGAUUUUGCAGUGUAACAACCAGCUGUCAAGCUUGCAAACACAUUUGGACCAAGUCCGCUCUCUAGCCUUUAAGUGGGAGAUGACAUGGAACCACAUCCAGUCCACUGCAGCCAAGGAGACCCUCCUGCUAGGCGAAAUCAAAGUGGUGACACUUAACCUCUUCUACCUGAUUGGUGGGGAAACAUGCGGGAAGCAUGGGGUGCACAUCAGUAACAUAACGGAGCAGCUGAAGAGGAUUCAAUCCUUCAUCCAGGACCAGACAGGCAUUGUACAUGAUCUACAAAAAACUGGCUAUGAUCUAAAUACAAGCAGUGUCUAGUAGAGAUGUCCAGAUGGUGCUCAUGGUGGGCACCAUCUGAGAUGGAAUCCUGGUUCAGUGCCAUGGAUGGGUGACAUUGUGGAUGUGACCUACUGUAUGAACUAUUACAGACUGGCGUGGAGAAAUGACUCAUUGAUAUACUUUGGCUUGAACUGAUCAAAGUCUAUACCUUGCUUUUAACAAGAACGCCCACUCUUUUCUUUUUCCCGUAAUGUUAGCUUACCCAGGGGUACUGGGCAGCCAGUUGACCUUGGACCCCCAGAGGUUUUUUUCCUCCCUACUUGGGAAUUUUUGGUUCCUCUCUUACAUUGUCAUUUCAUGAUUUCUUUCAUUUCUUUGUUGUUCUUCUUCCUUGUGUUUGUAUUGUUCUCUGUUAAUGAUGUUGUAAUACAUCACAACACACCCAUGUAAUGCCUUGCGGUGGUAAAAUGUGCUAUAUAAAAAUAAAUUAAAUAGAAUUGAAUGGAAUGGAAGCUUUAGAAUGAAAA